AUGGUGCUUAGAAUAGCGAUACUCACUGACGAUGCCGGCGAAAUGUUUGGGAAUGUACCAUGUCCACGGUUUGACUUUGGAAAUGAUCAUGCAUGCAAUGGACUCCGGACUAGAUCUUACUUGGCUCGGCUUGACUUGCAAAAGGCUAGAGUUGAUGCUCGAAAAAAGCUGCGAUCUCAUCAGACAGCAGAAGCAAAACCUGAUUUUUCAAUUCGUGGAAAUGCCACUUCUAGACAGUUGCUGCGUCUCCAGCGUGGCCCAUCGUCUCAAGUUUCCACUUCUGGCGAAUUGUCUGACGUAAAUGUCAAUAUUAACACGGAUUUUGAGUCACGUGAAAAUACUGGAGCAUUAUUUGUAUCUGAGAAACAGGAAUCAAGAGAAAAUGAUUUUGCCUUAAAGGCAACUUUACUAGAUGGUUCAUCAUUGCCACCAUCCAACUAUUCAGUCUCGAGGCUAGUUGCAUUUGAUCUCAAAAUCAUGAACCUUUGCUUCCUCCAGCGUAUUUUUAAAUCUGCUCUCUGUCUGCGGAAGAUGACAUGGAAGCAUCACAUCCAUUCUGAGCUCAUCGAUCAUGGUGAGCAAGGCCACUUGUCUCCUGGGCUUGUCCUUCCAUCCCCCGGUUCAACUAAUCUAGGUGAAGUUACACCCUCUUGCUCAUCUGAAGUAUUUUCUAAGAUAGAGUAUCGUGCUGGCUUUGAUUAUGAGAAAUUUAAGAGUAGUAUUGGCCCAGCUACUUCUGACGCUGUUCCAUUUAACACUCGAAACAGCAAAAAUAAUAUGGUUAAUGAAGCAACUGAAAGUGAUAUUGCUGACAUCACUUUAAAACACGCGAAGUCCUCAGUAAUAGAACUUCAAGAAGCUGAUAAAGCGUUGGACGAUGCUUUUUCACAAGAGGAAGUAGAGGGGUUAGGUGAUGAAGAUGAUGUUAAUUUUGUCGAGAAUGAUAGGCUUGCAGGAUAUGAAGAUGCUGAUUCGGACUGCCUUGAUGAGAAUGCAGAUGUUGCCGGCUGGUGGAGUCCUGAGGGACUUCAAAUGGCUGAUUCUAAAGCAGCUUUGGUACAAGCUACUCUUCAAGAGCUAACACAAACAAGCUUUUCGUCCUACGACCGUUUCGGUCUCAGCAGACCUAAUGAUUCUUUAACUGCACCGGUAAGUGGUCAUUUAUCUCUACCUUUUUCCUUGUAA